AUGGGCAACGGCGAGGGUGGCACACGUUGGGAUUGCGACUUGCGAGUGGAGAAUGACCCUUCCUUUUUAUCGGUCACUGAUUGGGGAAGGGGAGCGAGCCGGGAGACACGGGACCGAGAGAUCGCAGAUUUUGGCGAGGGAGAGAUCACGCUAAUUGGGGGAGGGAAGCCGGGAGGCGUGACUUUUGAUGCCUAUGUUGUUGGCAAAGAAAAUGCUCCUGGAAUUGUGGUUUUGCAAGAAUGGUGGGGAGUUGACUAUGAGAUAAAGAACCAUGCGAUCCACAUUUCCCAACUUGGUGGAGGAUACAGAGCACUCAUUCCAGAUUUAUACCGUGGAAAAGUUGCUCUUGAUGUUGCUGAGGCACGGCUCCUGAUGGAGGGUCUCGAUUGGCAGGGUACAGUCAAGGAUAUUCAGGCUUCAGUUAAAUGGCUGAAGUCAAAUGGAUCACCCAAGGUUGGUGUUACUGGCUAUUGCAUGGGAGGUGCUUUAUCAAUUGCAAGUGGAGUUUUAGUCCCAGAGGUUGAUGCUGUUGUUGCUUUCUAUGGGACACCAUCUUCUGAGCUUGCUGAUCCUUCUAAGGCUAAGGCUCCUACACAGGCUCAUUUCGGGGAGCAUGACAGUUUUGUUGGUUUUUCAGAUGUCACUGCAGCCAAGUCCCUGGAGGAGAAGCUCAAAUCUUCAGGGAUACCAUAUGAAGUUCACAUAUACCCUGGAUGUUCACAUGCCUUCAUGAACACUUCGCCUGAGGCCCUCAAGAGGAAGAAGGGGAUGGGUCUGACUCAUGAGAACCAGGAAGCCGUCGACCUGGCCUGGUCUCGCUUGUCUUCUUGGAUGGGCCGUUUCCUUGGAUCUGCUUGA